GUUUCUGGCACUUGGCCUGUGACAGUGUGAAGUUAAUACGACCUGGAAGAGAAAUAUUCAUACUGCUCUGGGCUGUAACAGUGAAAAUGGUGAAGCUAACAAUGAUAGCUCGUGUUACCGAUGGCCUUCCACUAGCAGAAGGACUUGAUGAUGGCCGUGAUGUAAGAGACACCGAAUUCUACAAGCAGCAGGCCAAGGCUUUGUUCAAGAAUCUGUCAAAGGGCCAGAAUGAGGCUUCGAGAAUGUCUCUUGAAACUGGUCCUUAUGUUUUUCACUAUAUUAUUGAAGGCCGUGUAUGUUACCUGACAAUGUGUGAUCGUUCGUAUCCAAAGAAACUUGCAUUUCAAUAUCUAGAAGACCUCAAGAAUGAAUUUGAGAAAGUCAAUGGGAAUCAAAUUGAAACUGCUGCCAGACCUUAUGCCUUUAUUAAAUUUGAUACAUUCAUACAGAAGACCAAGAAAUUAUACCUGGAUACACGUACUCAGCGGAACCUUUCAAAGUUGAAUGAUGAACUCUAUGAAGUACAUCAAAUAAUGACUCGUAAUGUACAGGAAGUUCUUGGUGUUGGUGAAAAGCUGGACCAGGUUAGUCAAUUGUCAAGCCGGCUGACCUCUGAAUCUCGCAUCUAUGCUGAUAAGGCAAGAGAUCUAAAUCGACAGGCUUUAAUUCGAAAAUGGGCUCCUGUUGCUAUCGUCAUUGGAGUAGUCAUCCUCCUGUUUUGGGUCAGAAAGAAGAUCUGGUGAUUUCACCUCUUUUGCAAUUCUGAGUAGUUCCUGCACAGACUAGCCAGUUUGGCGGGGUAUCUUUGACAUUCUGAUCACAAGGCUGCAGAGUGGGUCUCUCACCCAUGUGAGAUACUUCGAUCAUGUAACAAAGACCAAUACAAGUUUUCGCUCAUAGAAAAACCCAUGGAUGUGACUGAGGACACAAAAUUUUGCAGUGGGAGAAUUGAACUAGAAAUAGUAUGAUUGAAUUUGAGCAAUUCUUUCAAAAUUAGUGAAAAGGCUAUAAUUAUUGUUAGUUUGUUAUAUUAAUAUGGAAAUCAAGGGGAAAGGGAUCUACA